GCAAGAUGGCGGCGCCCACAGGGCACUUCCGCCCUUCCCCCGCCAAGGUCCCUCCCUCGGGCUUGGUUCGAAAAGCCGCUAGGUAGGGAGGCAAGGAGGUAGACGACAAGCCAGGGGCAGGUUCAUGGGCUCUGCCGGUCGCCGGCAGCCAGUUAGGGAGGAGUGAGUUUAGCCGGGCAGCGACUGCCGGCAAGAGAAGCUUGCGAUGGCGGCAGCGGUCGGGGUGGUCGCCCGGCGAGGGACCCCAAUGUAUUCGCAGAAAAACCUCACAUCAAAGAAAAAAGAUGACUUUGAAGAUAUCUUGGAGGAGAGGAGGCAGUCCAGUGACCUCAGAUAUGCAAUGAAAUGCUUCACUCCUGUUGUUUAUAAAGAACUUUCUCCCUGUAAGCCAAAUGCCAUUAAAACUAUUGUUCUGCAAUCUGAACAAGUUCACUAUGUCAUCAGGCAGCUUUCCAAAGAGACGGGUGAAUCACCUGACAUUAUACAAGAAGCAGCAGCAGAUAUUUUGGAUGAGAUGGGGCACAGCAUGCAUAUGGGAACUGUACGUUUUUUUGCUUACACACUAAGCAAAAUAUUUAAAUGCCUUUUCAAGAGCAUUUCUGUGAAUGAAGAUGGCAUGCAGAAAUUACAACAAGCAAUACAAGAACAUCCAGUUGUUCUGUUGCCCAGUCAUCGCAGCUACAUAGAUUUUCUGUUGCUGUCUUACGUGCUCUACACCUAUGACUUGACUUUGCCUGUCAUUGCUGCAGGAAUAGAUUUCCUGGGAAUGAAAAUAGUUGGUGAACUGCUACGAAAAUCAGGUGCCUUUUUUAUGCGACGUACAUUUGGUGGGAACAGACUCUACUGGGCUGUGUUUGCUGAAUAUGUAAAAACUCUGUUAAAGAAUGGGUAUGCCCCCAUUGAGUUUUAUCUUGAGGGGACGAGAAGCCGUACUGCUAAGACUUUGACUCCAAAGUUUGGUCUCCUCAAUAUUGUGAUGGAUCCUUUCCUUAAAAGGGAGGUAUUUGACAUUUACCUUGUCCCAAUCAGUAUCAGCUACGAGAGGGUAUUGGAAGAAUCUCUUUAUGCACACGAACUCUUAGGAGUCCCUAAACCAAAAGAAUCUACGUCGGGACUCUUGAAAGCCAGGAAAAUCCUUAGUGAAGAUUUCGGAAGCAUACAUGUAUACUUUGGACAGCCUGUGUCAAUCAGAACAUUGGCAGCUGGGAGAAUCAAUAGAUGUACAUUUAACUUAGUUCCAAGGCAUAUUCCCCAAAAGCCAUCUGAGGAAAUCCAGGAGUUUGUCAGUGAUGUAGCCUACAAAAUGGAACUCCUGCAAAUAGAAAACAUGAUUCUGAGCCCAUGGAUAUUAAUUGCUGCUGUCCUGCUCCAGAAUUUACCAGCCAUAGAUUUUGAGCUUCUGCUUGAAAAGACGCUUUGGCUAAAAGGGUUAACUCAGACAUUUGGAGGAUUUCUUGAUUGGCCUGAUAAUCUGUGUGCCAACAAAGUAGUGAGAUCCAGCCUUGCUCUACAUGCCAACAUUGCAAGCCUUGUCAAUGGGCAAGUGGUUCUUAAUGACAAAGACAUGGGAGGUGGUGCUCCAGAAGAGCUUGUCUUUAAACAAGCCCUCACCAUCCUCAUGUGCGGAUCCUACAGGAACCAAUUGCUUAAUAUCUUUGUGCGACCAGCCCUUGUAGUGCUCACGUUGCAAAUGACACACUCUUCUAGAAAAGAGGACGUCUAUAGCAAUUUUACUUUCUGGCGUGAUGUUUUUUCUGAUGAGUUUAUCUUCUUUCCUGGAAUACCUCUGAAGGAUUUUGAAGAAGGUUGUUUCUUACUUACAAAAUGUGGUGCAGUUCAAGCCACUUCCCAGCAAAUUUUUGUUACAGAGAAAGGAAGCAGUGUAAUCUCUUUCUUGACUGCAAUGUUCAGGCCUUUUGUGGAAGGCUACCAGAUAAUCUGCAAGUGCCUCUCUAAGGAAACAAAAGAGGCCUUUACUGAGAAGCAGUUUAUAUCUGGAGUCCGAAGCUUUGCUUCUCAGCUUCUUGAGGCAGGAAGCACUCAGUGUUAUGAGGUCCUCUCUUCAGACAUGCAGAAAAAUGCUUUGGCAGCUCUUGUACGACUAGGUGUUGCAACAAGGAUGAAAAUGAGUGAUGGAUUCACUUACAGUUUAAAUAAAGAAGCUCUAAGUAAAAUGAUAGGAAUGUUUGAAUCUAGGAUACCUGUAAGAAAACCAGUGGCUGCAAGACUUUAAUCCGAGGAUCUUGAGUGGCUUGCCUUCUGCACACUAUAACUGUGAACAGUUGGAAGUAAAGCAGAUUAUGAACAGCAAGUUAACAAAAGACUAUAGAAUAUACUUCCCACUUUGAAAUGUUCCUGCUGCUACACAAUUACGAGAGAAAAUUUCUGAAGUCCAAAAUACUCUCAUUGCCACUCAAAGAACUUUGUCAGCAUUGAUGCUUAAUAUUCUCUUUAAUAAACAUCAUUCCUCUCCCUCCUUCACCCACAACUAGCAUUUAGCAGAAUCACGCUGUUAACAUCUGAAAUGUUUGUCAUAAGGAAAUUGUAGCUUUUAUAUAAUUAUUUUGUUGUGAAAAAAUGUAAUUGAACAACUAAGGACAUUGCAUUAAAAGCAAUAUUUAAGGAAUAGUAUCAUUGGGUGUUCUUGCAUUUAUGAAGAUAUUAUUCUGUUCCUUUCAUGGAAGUGAUUUUCACAAAAUGCCAAUGAUGUAACUGUUUAAGUAUAUGCAACUCUUUUAAGUAUUAAAAUCUAACAGAGGAAUACUUUUUAUUUUCAACUGUU